UAGCUGGUAGCCAAUUCGUCAUAGAAUGGAAUAGAUUCAGAGCACUCAUAGACAGAAACAAUCAAACAAUGCAGUUUGUCGAUAAAUCAGAGAUAUUUCAUUCAAAUGUGCCUGAAUAAAAUUAAGUGGAAUAAAUUAUUCGAGUGAAGGUGUUAUGAAAACAAAGUGUUACAAUAUGAAAAUCAAAAGCCGCUAAUAUAAGCUUUAAAUGUUUUUGAGUGAAGUUGUUCUGACGUCUUUGUAUACGGAUUCAUGAUGCCCACAUUAAUUGGAAUUAGUGAAUUUGUUGAUGAAACUCGAGAUGAUUACAAUUCACCCACAACAUCUACCUUCGUUUCGAGGAUGCAUCAUUGUAGAAAUACAAUUGCAUCAUUUGAAGAAACCCUUGAUUUUGACAGAGAAGGGCUGAUGAAAAUGAAAAAGGCAAUCAAAGCAAUUCACACUUCUGGAAAUACUCAUGUUGAAAAUGAGAUGUACUUGGGUAGGGCACUGGAAAAAAUAGGGUUGAACACGAUAUCCAAAGAAAAUGAAGAAGUCAUUGGUAAUGCUUUCAAUAAAUUCGCAGUCGUUACAAAAGAACUAUCAGCCCUAAUGAAAACACUAAUGCAAAAUUUGAACAAUAUUGUCAUGUUCCCCCUUGAUAAUCUUUUAAAAGGCGACCUUAAGGGUGUCAAGGGGGAUUUGAAACGGCCUUUUGACAAAUCCUGGAAAGAUUACGAGAACAGAUAUUCCAAGAUUGAGAAGGAAAGAAAACAAGCAGCCAAAGAAAAUGGGUUCAUAAGAUCAGAAAUUGAACCAGCCGUUGUUGCUGAGGAGCUGGAGAAAGAGAGAAGAUUAUUUCAAUUGCAAAUGUGCGAGUACCUCAUCAAGUAUAACGAAAUUAAGACCAAGAAGGGCGUUGAUCUAUUGCAGAACCUCGUUGAGUAUUUCCAUGCACAGACAAACUAUUUUCAAGAUGGCUUAAAAACCAUCGAACAUUUUGGGAAUUAUGUGGCUCAUUUGAGUAUCAAAUUGCAAAGAAUCAAACAGACCCAGGAUGAAGAAAAGAGGAAACUGUUGGAGUUGAGGACUUUGAUUAAAUCUACUCCGAGUAUAGAGAAAGAGGUAGGAGCUAGUGUUGAUAAGAGUGCAGCAGGUUAUUCUCUACAUCAAUUACAAGGCGAUAAGCAUCAUGGUGUGACAAAAACAGGCCAUCUCUUGAAAAAAUCAGAAGGAAAGAUGCGAAGAGUAUGGCAAAAAAGGAAGUGCCGGGUACAAGCUGAAGGAUAUUUGGAUAUUUGUCAUGCGGACGAGUCAAAAUCACCCACUCGGGUUAAUCUACUAACUUGUCAAAUCAAACCUGUACCAGACGAUAAAAGAGGCUUCGACUUGAUAUCCUAUAAUCGAACCUACCAUUUUCAAGCUGAAGACGAAUCAGACCAACACGCUUGGAUGUCAGUACUUAUAAAUUGUAAGGAGAUGGCUCUAAUGAAAGCAUUCGAUGAUAGCACCAAAACCGAAGGUGAUAAAGUGAAUCAUAGUUUAAUAGAAUUGCAGCAGGCUAUCAUUAGGUACAUCCAGAAAAUUCCUGGUAAUGACAGAUGUUGUGAUUGCAAUUCUCAAAAUGAUGCUACUUGGCUAUCAACGAAUUUUGGUAUAAUAGUAUGUAUAGAAUGUUCUGGAAUUCACCGGGACCUGGGUGUUCACAUUUCAAGAAUACAAUCACUGACCCUAGACAACGUGGGAACUAGUCAGCUGCUUUUGGCAAGAUUUAUGACAAACCAUGCGUUCAAUGAUGUCAUGGAAGCUCAGUUGAAUCCUGUAGAUAAGCCAGAACCUUCCAGUUCAAUGGAAAAGCGUCUCACAUUUAUCAGAGCAAAAUAUGUAGAAAAACGGUUUGCUGUUAGCUCAUGUGAUUCGCAUUUGGAUAAACUCUAUGAAUUGGAAGAGGCCAUCAACAGAGGUGAUCUUUAUUUAUUACUACAAAUGUGGGCAGAAGAAGUUGAUUUCUCAGAAACACUACCUUCUUCAAAAAUUGGAGAGACUGCAUUACAUAGGGCGGUACUGUAUGAGCCUAGCAGGAAUCUUCACGUUGUCGAUUUUCUCAUUCAGAACAUGACUAACUCAUCUUUAGAUAAACAGACUACCAUUCCAAAUUCACCUGAAAUAUCUGGUGGAAACACAGCUUUACAUAUUUGUGCUUUAUAUGAUAAAGUAGAAAGUAUGAAACUGUUACUAAGAAGUGGUGCCAGUGCAACAAUACGUAAUUCUCAAAAUAAGGUACCAAUGGAUAUUGCUCAAGAAUUAGGUCAUCACACAUGCAUCGAACUGCUCCAAAAUACUACGAAUAGACUGAAGAAUAUUUUUGAUAAUAUCAAUAUUGACUGGAAUUUAUCACACGAAGAUGGAUCAACAGAUUUCUCAGAUGAUGAUACUGUUAUAGAAGAUAGGAAUGGUUCUUUGACCCCAGAGAAGAAAAAUCGAUCAAGGCCCCCCAGUUACACUGGUGGGGAGUCACCUAUUACGAACCGUUCUCGUUCAUCAACCUGCGAUAGUUUGCAGUUGGGCAGCAGUCCAAACAGCAACAGACAGAUGCCACCACCUCCUCUGCCACAAGGUAGAAAACCAGUGAAUGUUCAUGGUAGUUUAAAGAAGAGGGUGGCUCCUUUACCUCCUCCAGGAUCAAUGCAGAUGCAAUACGGUACCCUUCCAAGUAGCCACAGUAGAACACCAUCUGAUCCUUUUGCAGCUGGUUACCAUACUCUUAGUCAUACACACAAACGUUCUCCAAGUACUGAUUCGACCUCGCCAAGAUCUGUGAUAGGAACCAAACUAGUCAUAUCCUCCGAUAAGAAUAAUGAUAAAUUGGGCGUGGUAAGAAGACCGCAAAAUCCACCACCACCUGCUCCAUCUAGCAGAAUGUCGAAUGGUAGGUCGACUGAGAGUAUUUGCUCAUUGAUGUCGGAUAUUGAGGGAAUGCAUAAUCCUGUACCCCCACCACGUAGGAAAAGAUUGACGUAUCAUUUGAAAUCUUGUGCAUCGACAAUUCCAAUGUCUGAAAUGCUCUCAGAUUCUCCACCUUUAAAAAUAUCUAGUCCCAUAUCUAGCAGCUCUCUUUGUUCCCCGAGAUCAGUGGCAGGUGGCCGACUUUACUCUUCCAAUGGCGCAAGCAAUAUGAGAAGAUGCAAGGCACUCUACGACUGCAACGCGGAUAAUGAUGAUGAGCUUUCAUUCAGAGAGGGUGAAAUAAUAAUUGUACUGAAUGAGCAAACCGAUGACGAUAAUUGGAUGGAAGGUAUGGUAGAAAAUGAGCCAGAUCGAACCGGUAUGUUUCCGAUAAGUUUUGUUCAUAUGCUACCCGACUAGUGAAAGUUACUCAGAAAAAUACUAAAGUAUUAUAUUUUUGUUGUAUAAGGUCUAGAUAGCUGAAAGGUGUAUCAAUAUAAAUAUAAGAGAGUUAUAUUUUCGGGUUUUUAAUUUGGAAAUCAGUUAUGGUUCAGCUAACAUAACUAAAUUUUAUAGUCGAUUAACCUGGUAAUGAUAUGUUGCUGUUAUUGAAAAACUUGUAAUUUUUAUAUUAUUUCAUUGGUUUUAUUAAUUGAUUGAUUCUAAUGAACUAAAUUGUCAGUCUGAUUCACUUGAAGGAUGAUUUCUAAAAUGCCAAAAAUGUUUUAUUUUUGACUGAUAUUGAUUUAUUUGUAGAUAUUGUAAUUUUUAUGUAUAUAUCUUUUUAAAAUAUCCUCUUCUUCAUCUCGAUUUGUCUGGAAAUUAUGUGUACUUACUUCGCUUUGAUUUAAGGCUUUUGAGUUAUUGGAACUGAAUCAUUAAUGACAAUAAAUAAUUUUCCCAUUGAAUUUCGUAAAAUUAGUUAGUUAGCCGAAACAUGCAAUAACUGUAAAUUUUGUAUAAACUAUAAGCCAUAUGUUUGUCAUAUACCUAGUAUUAACUCAGAUGCAUUCGCCAUAAUUUUUUUUUAAAUAUUUAUUUUGAAUAUAUUUAUUUUCUUAUUGAUUUUUAAUCUGCUUUGUCGAGUUCUGUCAUUCAAAAUACUUGUUUUAUGUAUUCAGCUCAUCUAUGUGUUCUUCAUCUUGAUUCGAAAAAUUAUAAACCUCCCUAUUUAAUGUAACUUAAGAAGCAUUAAAAGGCCUAAUCAAACUGGACUUUUUUGCUGAGCUGGAUGCAAGAAACGAAUUUUUAAUAACUGUAUUGAUGUUCAGUGUGACUUAUUGAAUACCCAUCCAAUUUUCGAGUCGCUAUUUCUUCUAAAUUAAUUGAUAUAUGGUCUCUGGCAUGUUUUUACAGAUAAAGAUGUAACAACUUUUCAAAACCAAAUUUCUGCAUUUCUGUCACCUGAAAAACUUCCUGUUCAAUUUAUUGCUUAAUAUUGGAAUUUUUAUUUAUUUUAUCUGAAAUAUCCAUGCAUAUUUUAUUCUUCAGAACUAUUUAUCUGAUCAAAUUUAUUAUUCAAACUUUUUUUAAUUCUCUGAUAAACUUCGAUGUGUCAAUAUUGGCACCACAAUUUAUGCUUCUAAUGUUGGUUGUUAUUAAUUAUUUGUUGCUUGACUCUAAAAUGAGCAUGUUUGUGUUAGGCAAAUUAUAUUGUUGUGUACUGCUGGAUGGAGUAAAUUCAGGUUAUGUCACAUCUAACCUAGGGUAUGGUCCGUAUAUCGCCGAGAAUUUCAUAGAGGUUUCUAGUGGUUUUCAAUGUUUAAGGUAACCUGCUUCGUAUUUACCGACACUUGUCGAAGGUCAACUGAAUUUUGGAGGUUAUAAAUGGUUGAUCUCUUUUAAUUUGUAAAUAACUAAUAGUUCUUAAUGGCUCUGAAGGGUAUAUGUUUCAUAAUUAAAAUAAUAAAGUUUUUUGGUGUCAGAUGUCAUGGAAAAUAUUCAUAAACAAUAAUUUGAAAAUUAAAAUGACAACUUCCAACCGGAGUGGGCGUGGUUACCGAACCUAACCACAAUAAAAGUACGGUUACUCAGGUGACAGAUAACUCACCGAAGUUUGAGGAUAUAGUCACCGGUUUUUGAGGAAUUUGACCUAACGGACCACCAACUUACUAACCAAAGUAACCAAGGUGAUAUAUGGACCUUACCCCUAAUUAACAGGGUUCUUUGAAAUUCGGAUAUUGGUACUAUUCAAUCGGCACAUAUUUAUUUACAAGUGUUUUCGUCAAUGAACUGAUUUCUUUAUAGACUGAAGUGGGUGGUUUUAAAAUUUCAUCUGUUUUAUCGUGGGGGUUCAACUAUGGGUCAUUAUUUAUCUUCCACUUGUUUAUACUUCAAUUCAGUUAUAGCCUAAUUAGCAGGUCUUAUGUAGCACCUAGUCGACCACAUUUGUUGUCCAUCACUUGGCUCUUACUAUAAAGUUCUUAUUUUGAGUGUGACGAUGAAGUAUGUAUUAACUUAUAGAAUCGAAUUUCUUCUUUGUGAAGAUCAUAUGCUCAUGGAUAAACUUACUCUUUCUUUCAAAUUGAGAAAUGUUAUAUUUUAUUAUUAAACCAAAGACAUGUAUGUAAGAAUUAGAAAAGAAUGUUUUUUUUGUAUAUAUGUAUAGAACUAUUGAAUUUAAAAGAAUUGACGGAAAAACUGAUGUUGGAAAAAUUGAUUUACUUACAAAAAAAUAUAUAUAUUGAAUAGAAUUGCAUUAUUAACUUUGAGUAUGAAUAACUAAUCAUAUAUUUUUACUAAUCCAUUUUGAUUGCAUUUCAUGGUUUUUCUCGUUAAUUUCUGUACUGAUUCCAAACUUGAAUGAAAUGCAUUGAAGUGAAAAAGUUACCUAAAAUUUGUGGAAAACAGAAAAACAUGUUCUUCAAAAACACAACUUGCAGUAUUCAUUCACUCCACUGAUUCUAAAAAAAUGUUUAAAAUAUUCACGUCCAUAUCUUCAGUUUAAUAUUAUGUUGAUAUUUAUUUCAAAGUUACUUGAUGCACAAACAUGCUUACAAAUAUUGUAGCUUUUGAUGUAUCUAUGUAUGUAUGUAUAUGUUUUCUCUAAUAGUCGAGCUGUAUUAAAAUACUGUAAAAGUAUACAAUACAAAAUAUCAAGUA